GAUGAGGAGUUUCAUCAUAAUGGCUUAUUUAUGCCAUGGAAUGCUCAGCUUGGAAGGCCUGGAAACUUCAGAAAGACUUGACACUAACUAUAAACUGGACCCGGAGUGUUUUAUGAAUAUUAGUGAAAUUAUCAAUUUCCAUAACUAUCCAAGUGAGGAAUAUCAUGUUGAAACGGAAGAUGGAUAUAUACUUCUCAUUAACAGAAUGCCACAUGGAAGGCAUAAUGGUGCAAGUAAAGCUGCACGGCCGGUUGUGUUUUUGCUACAUAGUGUCCUUGGAGAUGGUUCCCACUGGAUUUCUAACCAGCCCCACAACAGUUUUGGUUUCAUAUUAGCAGAUAAUGGUUAUGAUGUUUGGCUUGGAAACAGCAGAGGAAACAUCUGGUCUUCAAAUCAUAAGACACUGAAGCCGUGGCAGAAGGAAUUCUGGAGCUUUAGUUUUCAUGAGAUGGGAUACUAUGACAUUCCAGCAGUCAUAAACUUUAUCCUGAACAAAACCAAACAGCAGCAGCUUUAUUAUGUGGGCCACUCAGAAGGCACAACUGCUGGUUUCAUCUCAUUCUCUUCUUGGCCAGAACUGGCUGAAAAAAUCAAAGUUUUUUUUGGAAUGGGACCUAUAGCCACACUAACAUAUGCUACAACUCCAGUAUUAAAAAUCUGGGUGUAUCCUCCACUGUUACAGACACUGUAUUGCUGCAGAAGAAUUUUCAGCGCUCCUACUUUCAUCAGAAAACUAAGCGCUCUGUUUUGUAAUUUCCAACCUAAAUUCUGCGAACUAGUUAUGUCUUUUAUAGCUGGUUCUAAUACUCCCAAUGUCAACAUGUCUCGUAUAGACAUGUACAUAGCACAUUGUCCUGCUGGGACAUCGGCACAAAAUAUUCUUCAUUGGAAACAGCUCCAUAACGUAAAGGUGUUUCAAGCAUAUGACUAUGGCACUAAGAAAAAGAAUAUGGAGAAAUAUAACCAGAUGACUCCUCCUGUAUACAAGAUAGAAGAUAUAAAAAUACCUGUUGCACUCUGGUCUGGUGGAAACGACUUAUUUGCGAACAUAACAGAUGUCGAGGCAUUAAUAGCACGACUUAGUAAUGUCAUAUAUCACCAACAUGUUCCUGAAUGGCAACAUCUAGAUUACAUUUGGGGACUUGAUGCAACUGAGGUUAUGUACAUGCGUAUCAUUGAGAUAAUGAAAAGAUAUCCAUGAUUCCUCAGCAAUGAUGUACAUAGAAAGCAUGUUGUAUGAUGACAAUUUAAAAACACACCUUGAAGUCUUAAUGCAGCUGAAUUGAUUAAUUAGUUGAAUAAAUAUUUGCAACUUGACUUAACACUAUUUCUCCAAAUAGCAUUUACAUUAACAAAUCACUUCUUCAAACUGUUCCCAUCUCCUCUGAAUUCUU